CGACUCAGCAUGCCUGAACCCGCCAAAUCCGCGCCGGCCCCGAAGAAGGGCUCCAAGAAGGCGGUGACCAAGGCGCAGAAGAAGGACGGCAAGAAGCGCAAGCGCAGCCGCAAGGAGAGCUACUCGGUGUACGUGUACAAGGUGCUGAAGCAGGUGCACCCCGACACCGGCAUCUCGUCCAAGGCCAUGGGUAUCAUGAACUCGUUCGUCAACGACAUCUUCGAGCGCAUCGCGGGCGAGGCGUCCCGCCUGGCGCACUACAACAAGCGCUCGACCAUCACGUCCAGGGAGAUCCAGACGGCCGUGCGCCUGCUGCUGCCCGGGGAGCUGGCCAAGCACGCCGUGUCCGAGGGCACCAAGGCCGUCACCAAGUACACCAGCUCCAAGUGAGCUUGACAAGCACCGUGACCUAGAGGCUUCCUUCUGGAAGUUAGGUGAGAAAGACUGGCUUGCCUGCACCACACCUGUAAGUGGAAAUCCCGAAUGCGUCCAAGAAGAGCCAACCGUCCUCCAGACACUCCCAGCCAGCCUUCCCAACCCCACUGUCCCAUCUCCCUCUGUUCUCUCAAGAAGAGCAAAAUGAGCACAAAGAAACAAUGAGAGUUUGUUUUCAGUUGCCAAAUUACAGCUGCCCCUCAACUUUUUCUGACCAUCUUGAUUUCAGUGUGAGAUGAUACUAAAAGUCCUCUGUCCCUGGAGAAUCAAUGUUUCAUUCCACAGGGAGAGUCGUGUAAGAAAGCAUACUGGAUCCUAUCUGAUUCCCUCUGCCUUUCAGGGAUCCCCCUACUGCAUGAAACCGGAAAUCCAGCUCUGUAGCCUACCCCUUACGGAAAACUCAAACCAAACCUCAGAGAAUUCUCUUCCUCCUAUUUCUCUGAUGUUUCAGGUUUGGGUUUUUGUUUUGAUUUCAUGUCAUUUAUGUUUUAUUUUCAUUUAUUGCUUUUCCCCAAGUUUUGGAAUUCCGAGCCCUCUCCAGCCUCCAGGCCUUUGCAAAUGUUCUCUUCCUGAAAUGCCCCCGAUUGCAACUUUGUCCCCAACACACAUACACACACACACACACACACUCACACCACAGUUAUUGUUGUUGUUCUUUAAUCAACUCACUUUUCAGUUCAAUCAAAAUGUUAUUGGGGAAGCUGAUCUGCACCAUUAAAAACUCUCACAGUCACAAAGAACUGGCCAUAUUCCCAGCCCCAAACCAGUCAUUACUAAGAGCCUGGGACUAUCAGGACUACUGUGGCUGAAUCAGGACCUGAUCCCUGAGAACAGGGAGAAACUCUGCCUUCCCUGGGGCACAAGGCAACGAAGGGGGAAGACCAGAACAAAACUGAGGCUGUGUCAGGGUGAAGGAGGGGAAAUGGCAAAGACUGGUACAAAGGCCUUCUAGGCAGAAAGAGCCUCCAUCUGGCUCAUUCAUACCCCAGGUCCAACAGGGAAUUAUGUCCUGAGUUUACAGAGCAGCACUUCUAACCUUAAGUGUGCAUCGAUAUCCCCUGGAGGCUUGUUAGAAGACAGCUUGCUAGCCCCACUCUCAGGGUUUUUGUUUCAUUAGCUCUGGGGCAUAUCUGGGCACUUGGCUUUUUUAUUUGUGUAUUUGUCAGAGACAGAGCACAAGCUGGGGGAGCAGCAGGCAGAGGGAGAAGCAGGCUCCCCACUGAGCAGGGAGCCUGAUGUGGGACUCUCUCCUAGGACCCUGGGACCCUGACCUGAGCUGAAGACAGACACUUUACAAACUGAGCCACCAAGUUCCCAAAGAUAUAAAUUCUGCUUCUAGCUGCUAUGCUUUGAGAACAUCUAAUACUUGUAUAACGAGCUAACCAAAGCCCCUUCCAGCGUGGAGGGUUCUGUUAUGGAAUAGGAGGAAAGAAAAAUCAGGUGCACCCCGAUGGCUCAAUUGGUUAAGCGCCUGCCUUAGUAUCGAGUCAGGACCAUGGCUUCCUGGGAUCAAGCCCCACCCCACCUCCCUGUCAGCCCAAUAAAGCCCCAGGGUAGGAAGGAGUGUGUGCUCAAGGAUGGAAGUGCUGUGAGCUGGGGGACUAGGAAGCAGAGACAAGGUGUAAGAGACAGGGCUGGGGGUUCAACAGAUGCUGAGCAUUUCCGACCUUGUGGGCCAGUGAGGGCAGCCAGUUGUAUUGUGCCCUGAGAAACUCUUAGAAUUUGAAAGCACCCAAGCUGCUGUGUGGAAAAUGGGAUUUAUGGGAUUAACGGUAAAAACAAGCAGAAGGAGGAGGGGAGAGGUUAUUGCAAUAACACUGGUGACAUUAUUACAGGUGUCAUGGGAGGAGAAAGUCUAAAGAAGGUACCGAUGAACAGGGUCUCGUGGGUGAAGAAACACGGAGCUGACAUUGACCCAGCACGUUCCGUGUGUUUAAGAGACUGUACCAACCUCUUUGCAAAGGGUAGCUCACUUCGUCCUCUCACCACCCACAGUAUCAAGACCCAACUAUUCUCUCCUAGUUGACUAGGGAUGAGCAAGGUGUGGGGCUGGGGUUAGAACCAGACUGCGUCUCCAGGCCGUGUGCUGCCCGGCACCUGACAGCGCUGCUGCACUUCCUCGGUGAAUGAUGCAGAGUUAGGGGACAGGAUGAGGUUUCAGAGACUGGGACAUGACAAUUUUUAAAAACCCUUAAGCGUUCCGCUGGAGGUCAAGUGCGUUGUUGUACGUGUGAGUCUGGAAAUCAGAACAACUUGGGGACUGAACAUGGAAUUUUUGGAGAGUUUGGAAAUAGAAACUUUACUGUUGUUGGCACACGCUGAAACUGCCUUUUACCUAUGGAGAAAGAAUAAAGAAGCACUCGAAACUUUAGAAAGAAGGCAGCCAAAGAUUCUAAUUGGUGAGGAAGAGAACUAAGAGGGUAGGGUCACAGAAGUCAAGAAAAUACUUUCAGGCAGGAGGUCAUGGACAAUCUGCUGUGACAUCACUGAAGUGAGAACACAUAGAACAGUUAGAUGCCGUAAAUGGAACUCACUGGAAACUCAGGGUACAGAUACUAAACGGCAACCCAGACAUAUGGGACACUUCAGAGCUCAGGAUUUUGCCUCUUCUCUGGGUCCCAAGAGUCCCCACAUUGUCACUUUUUCUGUUGGGCCAUCGCGUCUGAUUGAUGCCAGCACCCUUCCAGCUGAAUUUAGUGGAUCUACUAUCCAAGAAACCAGGGAAAGGGAUAGAAGAGAAAGGCCUGAGGACCCAGGGAUUUCUUCAGAGUGGUCAGAGAACAUCUCUUUCAAGAGACUUUUUUCUUCCUUAAAUUACCUGCAAUUUUUUAUGAUUGCAUCCACAGAACUUGCAUUCAUAUACUGACAAUUUCAUAUGAAUAUAUGUAAUGCAUAUCUGUUGAACACAUACUAUAAUCAUAUUAUUUACCCUGAGUUGUCUCACUCAAUCCUCACAAAAAUAUGAAGCUGCUUCUGCAUUACAGAUGGAAGCACUUAGUGAUUUGCCAAAGACCACAAAGAUAGAAAAUGCCAGUUGGGGACUUCAAGAUUAUGCCUUCAUGGUUUAAAAGUCCUCAUCUUUUUAACUGGGUCUCUAAUUCAUGAGGAAUAAUGAUAAAAGUGAGAGCAAUAAUAAUGAAAGAGAAAACAUAAAGGCUUUAUUUACCAUGUGCCAUGUACUAGGCAAAAAGCUUAGUACCAAAUAUUUGAUUUUAUUCACCCCAAACCCAUAAGGUAGAUAUUACUGUUAUCCUCAUUUUACAAAUGGGGAAACAGAAACACAGAGAGGUUAAGUGACAUGACUAAAGACGACACAAACCCAAAGACUAAGCAUCGUUCUGUAUAAUGUUUCCAGUUUGUUUUUUGUUUUGUUUUGUUUUGUUUUAUCUCUGAGGGGAUAUUGGGAACUUGUAAACUUAAUCUAUGAUUUGCUCAAUGACAUAGACUACUACAUACCUAGAAGUUGUCAGUGUAUUUACCGAGACUGAUGAUGAGAUACAGGGUCGAUAGGCCUUAAGAAAAAUUCAUGGACUACUCUCUGAAUUGGGCUGAAAAUAAACUCCUUAUUGUUUUUAUUCACUCCCAAAUCAUCUGAGAUUGAGUCCGUUUGGUCAUUCAGGCCUCUGAGAAUCGGAAGUUUUCAAAUUGGGCUAUUUAUCUUGCAUUCUUACUCACAAACUGUUAAGACCUCAUCUAACUUCUCAAGAAUAUAUAGGUCUACUGCCCACAGUGAAUAAAGAGUGACAAAUUA